CCCAUUAACAGAAUCACCAAUAUUAUUCUCAAAUCAUUUCAACUUAAUCACCAAAAACAAACAUGUCUCUCAGACCAAGACCAACCAAGCAACUACCACCCACAUCAGAACCCGAACCACCACCACCACCACCGGCGACCACCGCGAGACCACUACAACGUCAGCAGAGUCUUCCCCAGAGAGCCAUCUCACAAACCCUAACCACCACAGCCAACUUGGCCAACCUCCUCCCGACGGGGACCCUCCUAGCCUUCCAGCUCCUCACCCCAGUCUUCACCAACAACGGGUCGUGCGACCCGGUCACUCGGGCGUUGACUUUUCUCCUGUUGACCCUCCUCUCCCUCUCCUGCUUCGUGGCUUCGUUCACGGACAGCGUCAAGGCAUCCGACGGCCAGGUCUACUACGGCAUAGCCACGUUCAAGGGGAUGUUCUUGUUUGACUAUCCGGACCCGACCGGGUCGGGUCUGCCGGAGCUGAGCAAGUGCAGGAUCAUGUUCAUUGACUGGGUUCAUGCGGUUUUGUCGGUUUUGGUGUUUGGGGUGGUGGCGGCGAGGGACAAGAAUGUGGUGGCGUGUUUGUAUCCUCAGCCGGGUCACACGGCGGAGGAGGUUUUGGACAUAGUUCCGAUGGGAAUAGGGAUCAUUUGCAGCUUAUUGUUUGUGGUUUUUCCCACUAAAAGGCAUGGUAUUGGCUACCCUGUCACACCAGGCAAAUAGUUCUCUUUUUUCUUUUUGAAAAAAAAAACAUUCUUUUAAUGAAGUGUGAGAUAUAAAAGUAAUUACCAAAAAUUUACACUUUUGUAUUAGUAUCAUUAUGCAAAAUAGUACUCCUUUCUUGAUAAUCUCCUUUUCUGUAUCAAAAAAUUUUAUUGUGUC